GCAUUUCCUUACGCCAUGCAGUGGUGGAAGGUGACCCUGGUGGGGGUGGGGCUCGCUGCCCUGUUUGGGCUGGGGAUCAUCCUGGGGCACUUUGCCAUCCCCAAGAAGGACGGCCCCACCUCCGGCCCCCCGCAGGACCUGGAUCAGGAACUGCUGGAGACCGUCAUGAGUCAGCUGGACGCCAAGAGGAUCCAGGAGAACCUCCGGGAGCUGUCCUCGAAGCCCCACAUGGCCACCAGCCCGAGGGACGAGGCUCUGGUCCGGCUCCUCCUGCAGCGAUGGCAGAGCCCCGAGUCGGGGCUGGACGCCGCCGAGGAGGGGGUGUAUGAGGUGCUGUUGUCCUUCCCCAGCCGGGAGCAGCCCAACGCGGUGCACGUAGUGAGUCCCGGAGGAGCCAUUCUCUUCUCCGCCCGGCGGAGCGAGGAGAACCUCACUGGGGAGCAGGGAGACCCAGAGGUGGUGCAGCCCUAUGCCGCCUAUGCCCCGGCAGGGACCCCUCAGGGGCUUCUGGUCUACGCCAACAGGGGCUCCGAGAGUGACUAUGAGGAGCUGAAGGCUCAGGGCGUCAACCUCACUGGCACCAUAGCCCUGACCCGCUACGGGGGGGUGGGCCGGGGAGCCAAGGCGGUGAAUGGAGCCAAGCAUGGGGUGGCCGGGGUCCUGGUCUACACGGACCCCGGGGACAUCAACGACAACCUGACGUUGCCCAACGAGACCUUCCCCCACUCCUGGGCGCUGCCUCCGUCGGGGGUGGAGCGCGGUUCUUAUUACGAGCAUUUUGGGGACCCCUCCACACCCUACUUCCCUGCUACCCGCUCUGCCUUCCGCCUGGAGACUGCCGACAUCCAGGGCUUCCCCCCAAUUCCCACCCAGCCCAUCGGCUUCGAGGACGCCCAGCAGCUCCUCUGUAACCUCGGCGGGUCUGCGGCUCCCGCCGCCUGGCAGGGCGCCCUGGGAUGCCAGUACAGGCUGGGGCCGGGUUUCCUGGACGGCGGCCGUUUCCCCCCGGACAGUCAGGUGAACGUCACUGUCCACAACCGGGUAGAACUGAGGAAUUCCUCCAACGUCCUGGGCGUCAUCCGCGGGGCCGUGGAGCCUGACCGCUACGUCCUGUACGGGAACCACCGGGACAGCUGGGUGCACGGGGCUGUUGACCCCAGCAGCGGCACGGCCGUGCUCUUGGAGAUCUCCAGGGUGCUGGGGACCUUGGUGAAGAAGGGAAAGUGGCGCCCCCGCCGGUCGGUUGUGUUCGCAAGCUGGGGGACCGAGGAGUUCGGCCUCAUUGGCUCCACUGAGUUCACAGAAGAGUUCUUCACCAAGUUGCAGGAGCGCGCCGUGGCUUACAUCAACGUGGACAUUGCCGUGUUUGCCAAUGCGACUCUGCGGGCACAGGGGACGCCUCCUGCCCAGAGCGUCAUCUUCUCUGCAGCAAAACAGGUCCCAGCCCCGGGGAGCAGCGCCCUGACCGUGUACGACCGCUGGCUCCAACACAGCAACCGAAGCAGCCCCGCUCACGGCGUCGUUCCCAGCCUGGGCUCUCUGGGCUCCGGGAGCGACUACGCCGCCUUCGUCCACUUCCUGGGAAUCACCUCGAUGGACAUCGCCUACACCUACGACCGGAGCAAAACUUCGGCCCGGAUCUACCCCACCUACCACACGGCCUUCGACACUUUCCAGUACGUGGAGAAGUUCCUGGACCCUGGCUUCGUCAGCCACCAGGCCGUGGCCCGUACGGCUGCCAAUGCCCUGCUCCGUCUCAGCGACAGCCUCCUGCUGCCCCUCAACACCAGCGACUACAGCGAGACCCUCCGCAGCUUCCUCCAGGCUGCCCAGGACGCCCUGGGGCCCUCCCUGGCACAGCACGGCAUCAGUCUGGGGCCUCUGGUUUCUGCGGUCGAGAGUUUUGAACAGGCAGCAGCUGCCCUGCAUCGUCACAUCGAGACCCUCAAGAACAACCCGUCAGACCCCCUGAAGGUCCGGAUGGUGAACGACCAGCUCAUGCUCUUGGAACGAGCUUUCCUGAACCCUCGAGCCUUCCCUGAACAAUACUAUUACAGCCACGUGCUCUGGGCCCCCCGAACAUCCUCAGUGCCCACAUUCCCGGGCCUGGCCAAUGCCUAUGAGGAGGCCUCCAAGACCUCAAAUGACCCCAAGGCUUGGGCCAAGGUGAGGAAGCAGCUCAGCAUCGCCGUGAUGGCUGUGGAGGGGGCGGCCGCCACUCUGGAGCCCGUGGCCUGACUUCGGACCCAGCUCCCCCCCCAGAUUCCCCCCCCCCAUGUCUGUGGCAGCUCCUGUGUCUGUGAUCUUUCUCCUGGUACCCCGAGUGUACAAGAAAGUCUGGAAACCAA